AAAAGUGUAAACUAUAAUUUUGAUUUUGCCAUACAAUACAAUCGUUGGAGUAUGCAAUUAUGUGGAUUAUGGCCAAUUGAUGAUCAUUGGAAUGAAACUUCAUUAUCUGAAGAAUCAAAAAUUGUCAUGAUUUCAAAUUUAAAACGUGCAAAAACACUCUCUGCUGUUUGUACAAUAUCAAUAUAUGGUGUUUUAAUCAUUUUUUCAAUUAGACCACUAAUGAAAUGGGGUGAUAAAUUUUCACAACAAUUAUUUCCCUGUGAUGCAUAUUAUCCAUAUAAUGCUACAAAAUCACCAAACUAUGAAUUAACAUACUUGUCGCAAAUUAUUUUCUUCUAUUGGACCGUAACUGCAGCAACGGCUAUUAAUACAUUUUUAACUGCAAUAGUUUUUCAUUUAUGUGGACAAUUACAAGUGAUUGGUUUGAAUGUUAAAUAUAUUGCAAGUUCAAGGAAUAUUCUUCAUUUUCGAUCAAUCAUUCGUGAUUGCAAAUGCUUGCAUUGCAUUGUGGAACGACAUUUGAAUCUAAUACGAAAUUCAGAAUUCAUUGAAAGCUCAUUUAAUAUUAUGAUUUUAAUGGAAGUUGUAAUCACUGUUAUGAGCCUUUGUAUUCAAGGCUAUGCUGUUUCACCAGCUGCUCAUAUUUCUGAAACAUUCAUUAAUAUUGCCUAUUUUUUUGCUCCAACAUUUUUGAUAUUUUUAUAUGCCUACAUUGGCGAAAAUGUGAUUGAUCGAAGUAUAGCAAUUAGUGAUCAAGUUUAUGACAUAAAUUGGCAAGAUUGCAAUCCGAAUGUAGUUCGAUCAUUGAUAAUGAUUAUUAUUCGUUCUCAAAGGCCAUUGAUAAUCACGGCAGGAAAAUUUUUUCCCAUGUCACUUCAUGCUUUUAAGAAAGGAACAAAGUACAAUUUUGAUUUUGCGGCACAACUAAAUCGUUGGAAAAGAAUUAUUGCAUCGCAAAAAGAAAUAAAAUCCAAUUUUCAUUUUACAACACAAUUUAAUCGACAUAAAAGAAAUAAUCUAUCGCAAAAAGAAAUAAAAUCUAAUUUUGCUGCACAAAUUAAUCGUUGGAGAAGAAAUAUAUUAACGCAAGAGGAAAGAAAAUAUAAUUUUGAUUUUGCUGUACAACUAAAUCGUUGGAGUAUGCGAUUAUGUGGAUUAUGGCCAAUUGAUGAUCGUUUUUCAAAAUUACGAUUCUAUAUUACAUUGAUUAUUAUUUUAUGCACUUGUUUGCCAAUAAUAGUGAAAUGUUUAUUAGUGAAAGAUUUUUUUAAAGAAGUUGAAACUAUUUUCAUGGGCAUCAAUUUUACAUUCACAUUUGUUAGAGUGAUAUUUGUGAGAAUGGCAAAACCAAAACUUGUUUCUCUAUUACAAGAUAUGAUUGUCGAUUGGAAUGAUAUUCCAUCAAAAAAAGAAUUGAAAUAUGUAAUGAUAGAAAAUUUAAAACGAGCGAGAUUUCUUAAUGCAUUAUGUAUGGCUUUAAUGUACAGUCCCUAUAUUCUUUUUAUAAUUAGACCACUAAUGGGAUGGGGUAUGGAAUUUUCACAAAAAUCUUUACCACUACCAGUGUACUAUCCUUUUGAUAUUCAAAAAUCACCAAACUAUGAACUAGCUUAUUUGUUGCAAAUAUUUUUAACCGGCUACACCGUCACUAUUGUAAUUGGAAUCAAUAAUUUUUUAACUAUCAUAGUUUUUCAUUUGUGUGGACAAUUACAAGUGGUUGCAUUGAAUGUCAAACAGAUUAUGAAUACAAGAAAUGUUUCUCAUAUUAGAACAAUGAUUCGUCAAGAAUGCAAAUGCUUACGUUGUACCGUUGAACGACAUCUAAAACUAAUCAGAGACUCAGAAGUCCUUGAAAGCUCAUUUAACAUUAUGUUCUUAAUGGAAUUCGUAAUAUCUAUUAUCAGUCUUUGUUUCGUGGGUUUUUCAGUUCUUGUGGUUUCACCAGUUGCUGAUAUUUCUGGAACUUGCAUCAAAAGUGUCUACUUUUUUGCUGCAACUGUUUUGAUUUUUUUAUACAAUUAUAUUGGCGAAAAUGUUAUUAAUCGAAGUAUGGCCAUUGGAGAUAAAGUUUAUGAUAUAGAUUGGUACAAUUGUAAUCCAAAAUUAAUACGAUCAUUGAUGUUGAUUAUAAUUCGAUCGCAAAAGCCAUUGAAACUCACGGCAGGAAAAUUUUUUCCCAUGUCACUUUUUACAUUUAAAAGCAUUUUCAUGUCAGCCUUGUCGUAUGCAACUGUUCUUCAAGCAAUAUAUCGUAAUCGUCAUCAUUAACUUUUUACGAAAAAAAUUCAAGUUUCUGGUUUUGAGAACUAUAUAACUGUAUAACUGGAAUUUAGAUUUUUAAUCGAAAUUGUCAAUCAUGUUCUUAUAUAUAUAUAAUUCUUGUUUUUUGCUAAAAAAACAAAUUAAUUAAAAUUUUCUGAAAUGAUAUUGUUAAUGUCAAGCGCAGAUUUGAACACUGACCGAGAGAUCGUUAAUGCAAUUACAUUAAAUUUUUAAUGUUCAUGUGGACUAAUUGACUAAUGCGUAUUUAUUAAUAUUGCCUUUUGUGAAUAAUUGAAAA